AUGUCUCAAACUCUGUCCAGUUUAGAGGUCGUCAAAGAGACUGAUGGGGCGGCAGAACCUCCAGAAUCAAAGUCUGUAAGUGAAAUCGACACCAACUACAGACCAAAGAGUAAGGAGGCAGAUGAAUAUGAGUUAGUUCCAUCCAUUCUCCCCAAUGCAUCCCCUACUGAGGUUGUAAAUGAAUGGCUAAAGACAAUACCACCAGAGAGUGACAUAUAUGAGAUGGAGGACCUCAGUGAAAACAGCGAGAAGAUCAGCCAAGCAGCAGAGGGAGGUAAUGAAGUAGAGGAUAGUAAGAAGACCGACAAUUCUUCAGCUGAGACCUCAAAAGACAUAGAUACGGGUGGGGCGAUACAUCCCGACCUUGACGAUGAGUGCAAAACAGGAACAGAAACAUCCAAUGACAAUAAUGGCUCUCCUCAGACAGCUGAUGCCUCAAAAAUAUUAAAUUCUUCCGUACAAGUCAUGAGAGUACUUUUAAAUCCAAAGUCUGACAGAUGCAACAGUUUACCAGAAAUCUCCCCUGUGUAUGGACAAAAUGAGCAAAAACCAACAAGAAGCGAUAACCGUUGUGUUGAGGAUGAUUACAAUCACACCUCAUCUUCUGGUGUGGAUGUCAACAGUGGCUCCACAGGAUCUGGGAAAAGCAGUGAUGGAAUAAAGAGCAGUAACAGUAAUCACGAAGAUGCUUCUCAACCUGUUUGCAAAGACACAAAGGGAGAUGCUGUGUGGCAUUCUGAGAGAGAAGAGCAAAAGGAGGAAGAUAAUCCAGAAACUAAUGAUACCAUCAGGAACAAUGAUAGUCCAAGAGAGACACCCGAAACACCGUCUUCUUCAAAUAAGAGCUCAGGAACCUCCAGCACCAUCAGCCAAAAAGUAAUACAGGAGGCUGAACUUAAGGGUGAAGAGGACCUUGAUCCUGAGAGUCAUAUUCUUAGUACAAGGGCCGAUUUAACAAAAAGUAUGUCUCACAAUCCAGAUCCUGUGUGGGUCAUAAACUUACUUACUAAAAUAGAAAAACAAUUUAUGGUACACUAUGUCAGUGCAAUGAAAGAGUUUAAAGGUCGAUGGAAUCUGGCAGAUAAUGAUCAACUUGAUGAAAUUAUAAAUGAACUAAAAGCUGAGAUUGAAAGACGGAUCCAAAAAAGCAUCAACAGAGAGGUAAAAAAGAUUCAAGACAGUGUGGGCCUUCCAAGACCUCCCAACGACACAGUAUCCCAAGAAUCAACAUCGCAAGCAAAGGAGAGAAAACAGAAGCUGAAGAAAAGGCUCCAACAUUCAGCGGGAUCACAAGACGAAAUAAGUGGCAAUUCCACAACAGGAACACCUUACAGUGACCAGCGCAGUGACAACACAGAUGAGUCCUGUCCAUGCGAAACAUGCAUAAAGAAAAGAAAGAACUCAGAGGCCUCUCUACGGAUGGAAGCUACAAACGCGGCGCAUUCAGGUAACUGCAGAAAUAGUGAUGAAAUCAAGGUAGCAGAGACGCUUGUAGAAAACGUUGUUUUUGCAGCAGUGAAAGAAGUGGAGGGAGAGAAAGUGGAACAAUGUACAGAAAAUACCUCUUCAUAUGAAGUAGACAAAAAGGGAGAUGACUGUGAAAGUAUGGAAUCUUUAACAAAACAUGAAAAACAGAAGAAACCUGUAGUUGCAGAGUGGGACAGUGAAGAUGAUGUUAAUGAAACUUUAGGAGAAGAAGCAAAAACUGUAGAUGAAACCCCAUUGGAAGGAGAGACUGAAGACUUUGAUGAAGAUGAGUCAGAAGAAAUAAAAACCAAAGCUGUGGAUGACAAAGACGCAAUAAUGGAGGCUGAUGCAGAAACAGCAGCAGAGGAGGAAUCAGCGAAAGAUGAGAAUCCGGAGGAAGAAUUGGUCAAAAAUGAAAUACGUGUCAUAAAUGAACCUGAACUCUUAAAUGAAUUGUCUGUAGCAAGUACAGCAGAAAAAGAAGAGGGCAACACUGAAACAGCAGAAGUAUCAAUGGCAGCAACACAUGAAAAUAAAUCUGAGAGAGAUGAGGUUGUUGAAGACUUUGAUGAAGCUGAACAUGAAUCUGUCAAGGAGGCAGCUUUGGAAAUAGGGAGUGUUAAUGAUGAAGAAGAGGAUGGUGGUUUAGAGGACUUUGACGAAGAUUCAAAUUCCACCACAAAUGACGAUGACACUUCUGAUGAUACCACUAGUCACGGAUUAUCAAGCGAAGCAGCUGACGAUGCAAAAGAAGAUGAAGUUGCUGUGGAGAAGGAGUUUGAGAUGGCAAGAGAAGAUGAGGUUUGCGAUGUCCAAACUAAAGUUUCUGCAGGUGAAGAUGAAACUGUAAAAGAAAGCGACGAGUCUGCAACAAGUGAGCAUGGAUCUGUAACAAGAAAAAAUUCAGAAGAAGGCUUACAAAGUGAUCUAGAGGUGGUUUCACCUAUAAGUGAAGAUGAUCCCCCAACUCAAAACCAGAACUUAGUAUCUGAUAAUGAUUUAGCAAAAGUGCCAGAUGACAUAGCGACAACUGAAGAUGAUACAUCAGAAGAAAAACAUUCCACUGGAGACGAUGAAUCAAAGGAAGACACUGAUGCUGAAGAGGAAAGUUCUUCAGAAGUGAGAGCCUCAAGUGAUCACGAAUCUGAGAGUGAGGAACCUGUGAAAAUGGAGAAGGUAAAUGCAGAGGAGGAGUCUUCUGCUGCCAGUGAAUCCCAAUCUGCAGAAGAUCUUGAUGGUACCUCCAAUGCAAUCUCAGGUGAAGACGAACCGGCAGAAGAAGCUGCUGCAGGACGUGUGAGUAAGCAUGACUCAGAGAAGGAUGAAGAGGAGGAGGAAAGCAGUGUGGUUAAAAAGGAAAAGCCUCUGGAAACUAGUGCAGAUGAAAACAGGGAUACAUCUACAGCAGAUGAAUCAUCAUCAGAAGAAGAUGCUAAAAUGACAAAUGAUGACUUAGCUACAGAUAAAGAUCAGGCUGCUACCAGUCAAAGUGAAUCUAAAGAUGAGACUGACGAAGAUGAGACUGGCACAGAAGAGGCUGACAAAGAUGAGGAGACUGAACUGCACACACAGGAAGACACAGCUGAUGAUGUAAAUGACACUGGAGUUAUAAGUGAAGAUCUUUCUACAGAAGAUGAAACCCCAAAGGAGAAUGUUGCUAUGUGUAGAGACCCCUUAAAUGAACAAUCUGAAAAAGACCUGCCGAAGACUGAAGAAGAACCUGCAACCCCAGAAACUAACAGCGAUUAUCCUGGUGUCACCAGUGGAGCCGAAAACGACAGCAAAGAAGGGGAACCUGACCAAGCCAACAAUGAAGAUCCAACUGCCAUCUUCAAAGAGCCCGAUCAAGAAGAGGUUACUGCAAACAGAGAGAGUGAAGAUGAAAAUGAGGAAGACCAUGGUGAAACUCCUGUGGUAGACCAGGCAGAUAUCACAUCUGAAGAUGGAGAAGAAGACACCACAAGCAAAAGUUCCAGUGAAGAUGAAUCAAAGGAAGAAAGCAAGAACUCUGGAACUGAUGAAAGCAGACCUGGCUCAACUGUAACAGAUGCAAAUGACACAACAGGACAAGACGAGUCAAGAGUUAGCAAUGACAGUGAGUCACCAGAUGAUUCAGAGGCCGAGCCCAAAAAUCAGGUUGUGGAUGAGAUUCUGCAGGAGGCUAGUGAUGAAAAUGAGACUCCAAGUAGAAGUGAGGAGCAGGAGAAGACAAAAUCAUCGGAGAAGCCUGCAGACAGCAAUGCCAGUGAACUAUUGACAGAAGACAAGAGUGAAGAAGACAAAUCCUACAGUGAGGACGUUAUGGAGCAAGAACAUAAAGUUCCAGAGGAAAAGUCUGGAGAUGUGAUCACAGAAAAUGAAACUAAAGAUGAAUCUGGUGAGGAAGAGACAGGAGCCGGAGAAGAGACAGACGUUCUAACAAUCAUCACAGAUGAAGGACAGGCGUUCAAAGAAGAUACAGGAAGAAAAGAUGUUCAGAAAUCUGAAAGUAAAGAUUUUAAUAGUUGUGAAAAAGAAAAAAACAUGGAUGACGCUCUUGACAAAGAGGAAGAAACCGAGACCGCCAAUGAUGACUGGAGUGGAGACGAGGGAAAUUCUGCCGAUGAAGAGGAUGAAGCAGAGGAAGACUCAGACGAACCGGAAGAACAUACUCAGGCUGAACUAAAACCAUUAGUCAUAAGCAAAGCAACCAAUCAGAGUCAGCCUGACAGACAAGGGAAAGAAACACUGUUGAUGCCUCUUGAUACUCUGAAAAAAGAGAAGGAUGAAUCUGAAGAUGGCACUUAUGCAGAUAUUGAAGAUUCUGAGACAGAAAUAAACAGCCAGAAAUAA